AUGGGAAUUGAUCCAAACAACGGUUGGUGGCCUAUUGCGUGGGCAGUGACUGAGUCCGAGAGCUACGAACAUUGGAAAUGGUUCCUUACAUACCUCUCGGAGGACCUUCGAAUACAGGAUAAUGCCCCAAGAUACGUCUUCAUGUCUGAUCAGCAAAGGGGUCUUGCAAAAGCCAUAGUGGAGGAUUUCCCACACAGCGAGCAUCGCUUCUGUGUUCAGCACAUCUACAACAAUUUCAAGAAGAGGUUCAUUGGGGAAAAUUUUAAGGAAUUACUGUGGGAGCUUGCAUCGAGCACAACCACCAAACAAUGCGGGGAGAGGAUGGAUGCAUUACGGAUUAUAUAUCCGCAAGCGCAUCAAUACCUACUCGGUGUUGCUCCAAAAGAAAAGUGGGUGAAAGCAUAUUUCGCGUCACAUGUUUGCUGUGAUAUAAUCCUUAACAACAUCUGCGAGACAUUUAGUUCGAAGAUAUCAAUUGCACGCGAGCUGGCCAUUAUCACAAUGCUAGAGGAUAUCCGGACGAGUCAGAUGGAGAGGAUUCAGAUCAGAGGCCAGUGGAUCAAAGCAUACGAUCACGCACUACCGCCAGUUAUCAAAGAGAUCGUCGAUAAGUUGUACGCGAGGGCGUCUUCCUGGAGAUCCAUAUGGAACGGGCAGGAUGCGUACCAAGUGUCUGGAUCGGCAGGACAGUAUGUAGUAAACAUGCAUGAAUUUACUUGCUCGUGCAGAUCAUGGCAGCUGACUGGGAUCCCGUGCACUCAUGCCAUUGCUACAAUUAACAAGAAUGGGAAGGAUGUAUCAGAUUACUUCUCCCGCUAUUAUUUGCGGUCAACAAUGUUGAUUCUAUACGAGAAUGUCCUGUUCCCAAUUAAUGGGAUUGAUAACUGGCCCAAGAAUACUGAGGUUGGAUUUGUACUGGCACCCCCACGGACGAAGCGACAGCGUGGACGGCCAAAGAAAGUGAGGCGUGAAGAGCCCCAGGUUCGUCAUCAUGCGGAUGGAUUUGAGUCACCCCGACGAACAUUUGUACUCAGAUGUCGUCGGUGUGGACAAGAGGGUCUUAACAGGAGGACAUGCACCAAUGAUCCCCGUGUUGAUGCUCGAACCGAAGUUGGAGAGAGUUCACAUCCAAGUGAGCCUCCCAUGACGGAUGGCGGUGUCAGGGCUGAGUCAUCUACCAUUGCUCCAAACCAAGAGGUACAAUUAUGUCGUUAG